AUGGGCGCGGUGGGCUGUGGUGGGACUGCGGGCGGCGGCGGUGGUGGCAGCGGUGGCGGCGGCGGUGCGUGGGAGGGCCCCGCCGCGUGCCCCGUGUGUCUCAAGGUGCUGUCCAACAAGUACAACCUCCGCACACACAUGGAGGACAAGCACUCCCCGCUGCAGCACGUGUUCCCUGCCCCAUCUGCCAGCAUGUCUACAAGACCCGCAACUCGCUCCACAACCAUUUCUCCAUGCGCCACCGCGGCCUUAAGAUGCCCAAGAUACUGUUAUAGCUGGCGAGGCAGUGGGCGGGUACUGGUAGACAACAAGCCUAAGUGGCAGUGCCCCGUGUGCUACAAGUUACUGAGCACGAGGUCCAACUUAAAGAUCCACGUGCAGGACAAGCACUCCUCGCUGCAGCACGCCUUCCCUGCCCCGUGUGCGGCCACGUGUACAAGACGCGAAACUCCCUGCACAACCACAUGA